UCACUUCUGCCUCAUUUCUCCUUUCACAUAAAUGAAAAGAAAAAUAAAUAAACCUCUUUCCUUCCACGCCUCAAAUGCAGUUCGCGGUUCAAAUUGUCCACCAUGGCAUCUUGGCGCUUGUGGAAUAAAAAGGAACAACAAAAACCUAUGCGUACUUAAGUCUAACUCUGUAAUCAAUUGAGUAUGGUUUUGUGAAUUGCAGCGAUGGAAACAGCGCUCACUUGCUUCUUCUGUGGUAAAGUCCCGGCGAGAGCAAAAUUAGGGGCUGCAACUGCAAGUGAGCGCUUCCGUUGUAAUAAUGCCUCUGGAUACGUUCGUUUUUCUUCCUUCUGCCGUAACAAUGCCUAUGCCAUGUCCACGUGUUCUCUGUCCCCUUCAUUCGGAACCCAUCGACUCAUUCGAAGCGCCGCCAACAGCAGUAGCAGUGAAACUAAGGCUCCCAGUGAUGCCAAAAGUAGAAGAAGGAGAAGAAGGAGAAGCGGCUUUGAAAAAAGUUGGUCUUCUUCUCAGACUCAGGCGGUGGAGGAGGAGGGUAGUGGUAUCCAUCAGAAUGGAGACCCUAUUGGGAAGAAGGAUCUUGGGAAGAGCGUGAUGAGGUGGAUUCGCGAUAGCAUGAGGGCUAUGGCAUCUGAUUUGGCAGCAGCGGAGUUACAGGGAGAGUUGGAGCUGUGGGAGCGCAUGCGACCGGGUCUCACUUUUAUCAUGCAGGCCCAGCCAUACCUGAAUGCAGUUCCGAUGCCCCUUGGCCUUGAAGUUAUCUGCUUGAAGGCCUGCACCCACUAUCCCACUCUAUUCGACCAUUUUCAGAGGGAGCUUCGUGAUGUUCUCCAAGACCUGCAGAGUAAGUCCUUGGUUCACGACUGGCGAGACACCGAGUCCUGGAAACUGCUUAAGGCCCUCGCCAAUUCAGCUCAGCAUAGGGCAGUUGUGAGAAAGAUAACGCAGCCGAAAACUGUUCAAGGCGUUUUAGGAAUGGAUUUAGAAAAGGUCAAAGCCUUACAGCACAGGAUUGACGAAUUCACCAACCACAUGUCGGAACUGCUCCGAAUUGAAAGGGAUGCUGAAUUGGAGUUUACUCAGGAGGAAUUGGAUGCUGUUCCUAAACCAGAUGAUACUUCUGAUUCUUCAAAACCGAUUGAUUUCUUGGUUAGCCAUGGCCAGCCUCAACAAGAACUCUGCGACACUAUUUGUAAUUUAAACGCCAUCAGUACCUCUACAGGACUUGGGGGAAUGCAUUUGGUGUUAUUCAAGGUUGAAGGAAACCAUCGGUUACCACCUACCACUCUUUCACCCGGAGACAUGGUUUGUGUAAGAACGUGUGACAGCAGGGGUGCAAUUACAACUUCUUGCAUACAAGGAUUUGUAAACAGUUUCGGGGAUGAUGGCUAUAGUAUUACAGUUGCUCUAGAGUCACGCCAUGGUGAUCCUACAUUUUCUAAACUAUUUGGGAAGAGUGUACGCAUUGAUCGUAUUCAAGGACUGGCUGAUACGGUUACCUAUGAGCGGAACUGUGAAGCUUUAAUGCUGCUUCAGAAGAAUGGUUUGCGAAAGAAGAAUCCUUCAAUUUCUGUUGUUGCUACACUGUUUGGAGAUGGGGAAGAUGUUACAUGGCUUGAGAAGAAUCAUUUGGCUGACUGGGCAGACGAGAAAUUGGAUGGAGCAUUAGGAAGUGAAACCUUUGACAAUUCUCAGCAAAGAGCAAUUGCACUGGGUUUGAAUAGAAAGAGGCCUGUAUUGGUUAUCCAAGGGCCUCCUGGUACAGGUAAGACUGGUUUGCUCAAGCAACUUAUAGCAUGUGCUGUUCAGCAAGGUGAAAGGGUUCUUGUUACAGCACCUACUAAUGCAGCUGUUGAUAACAUGGUUGAAAAGCUUGCAAAUGUCAGAUUAAAUAUUGUGCGGGUAGGAAAUCCAGCUCGUAUAUCAAAAAUUGUGGGAUCAAAGUCUCUAGGAGAAAUUGUAAAUGCUAAGCUUUCAAGUUUUCGAGAAGAGUAUGAGAGGAAGAAGUCAGAUCUCAGAAAAGAUUUAAGACUUUGUUUAAGGGAUGAUUCACUAGCUGCGGGCAUACGCCAACUUCUGAAGCAGCUGGGAAGGUCACUGAAGAAAAAAGAAAAGCAGACCAUAAAUGAAGUUCUAUCUAGUGCUCAAGUUGUGCUUGCCACUAAUACUGGAGCAGCUGAUCCUUUGAUUCGAAGGCUAGAUACUUUUGACUUGGUUGUCAUAGAUGAAGCUGGACAGGCAAUUGAACCCUCUUGCUGGAUUCCCAUACUGCAGGGAAAGCGCUGUAUUCUUGCUGGUGAUCAAUGCCAACUUGCUCCUGUUAUAUUAUCACGAAAGGCCUUAGAAGGUGGUCUAGGAGUAUCUCUACUGGAGAGAGCUGCAACUUUGCAUGAAGGGAUUCUCACCACCAGGUUAACAACUCAAUACCGUAUGAAUGAUGCAAUUGCUAGUUGGGCUUCAAAGGAGAUGUACGGAGGAUUGUUGAAGUCCUCAGAGACUGUCUUUUCACAUCUUCUUGUAGACUCUCCUUUUGUCAAGCCUACUUGGAUAACACAAUGCCCACUGCUAUUGCUAGAUACUAGAAUGCCCUAUGGAAGUCUGUCAGUUGGUUGCGAAGAGCAUCUAGACCCAGCAGGAACAGGCUCGUUGUAUAAUGAAGGAGAAGCUGAGAUAGUUUUGCAGCAUGUCUUUUCCUUAAUUUAUGCUGGUGUUAGCCCAACUGCUAUUGCAGUGCAAUCCCCUUAUGUUGCUCAGGUUCAACUUUUGAGGGACAAGAUUGAUGAAUUUCCCGAAGCUGCAGGUACUGAGGUUGCGACCAUCGACAGUUUUCAAGGUCGGGAAGCUGAUGCAGUUAUUUUAUCCAUGGUACGAUCAAACAAUCUGGGAGCCGUUGGAUUCCUAGGGGAUAGCAGAAGAAUCAAUGUUGCCAUCACAAGAGCACGCAAACAUUUAGCUUUGGUCUGUGACAGCUCCACCAUAUGCCACAAUACCUUCCUAGCAAGACUUCUGCGUCAUAUUAGACACUUUGGUAGGGUGAAGCAUGCAGAACCAGGUAGUUUUGGAGGAUACGGACUUGGGAUGAAUCCAAUAUUACCUUCCAUUAAUUAGUAUGUAACAGUAGCAUGCAACAAAUUUUAAAAAUGACCUAUAAAUUGUCUAUGGUUUUUUUUUUUUUUUUGGGGGGGGGUGUGGCGGUAGGAAUGGAUAGGUUUUUCCGUUCAUUGAUCAAAACUUGUAUAGUUGUAUAGCAAUUCAUAAAUUCAAAUUUGUGUAGCGUAUCAAGUAUCGCUCAUGCAUUAAAAUUAUGGAAGAAAAGUUUCAUUGUAACUAAAUUAGGGAAAUGAUUUACGGAACCCAAAAUGUU